UCAGACUAUUAUGUUUCACAGAGCAUGUGCAGAUCAGUGCUGUUGAUUGAGAGUUUCACUGACUGGCCAGAGGAGAGUCCGGGCUAGGUUGAAACAGAAUCUCUACUGGAGGUCGGUUUGGAAAGAUGGCCAACAUAGAGGCUUUACCUGAGCAGGUGCUGCUCAAAAUUCUCUCCUACAUCCCGGCAGGAGAGUUAGUUUUGACCUGUAGACUAGUCUGCCAACACUGGAAGAAGCUUGUGGAUAGACGAGACAUAAAAGUUCAACACAAAAGGUCACUGAGGCUGAAGAAAAAGGAAUACCAGGGUACAGUUUAUUAUUGCACAUCCGCAAUAAAGAAUCUAAUCAAGAACCCAUGUGGAGAAGAGGAAUUUGCCUUCUGGGAACUCACCAGUAACGGCGGAGAUAGAUGGAAGGUGGAAGACUUUCCAAAAGACUUCAGAAAGCCCUUUCCAAAUCCAGAGAUCCAGAAAUAUUUUGUCACCUCUUACGGGUGGUGCGAAAAAUCUCAACUGAUUAACCUCAUCUCGGAAGGAUUUGAGGCAGAGAUCCUGGAUAACAUUCAACCUCCUAUCACAGUGCGGGACUGGUACGCGGGGAGGCAUGAUUGUGGUUUUGAGUAUGAACUACAUGUUGAGCUCCUCUCUGAAGACAUGAGCAAGAUCCAGGAGUACAAGACUGACAAGAUUCGUGGCCCCCAGUGGAAUGAUGCAAAAUGGAGGGAGGUAUCAAACACUUUCACAAACUAUGGGCCUGGUGUACGAUAUGUAAAGUUUACACAUGGAGGAAAGGACUCUAAGUGGUGGGCAGGGUGGUACGGAUCCAGAGUCACCAACAGCAGUGUCACCAUUGAGCAAUAACCUUGCCCAAAAACCCACCUCCUGAUGCUUUCAGAACUGACUUUGCAACAAUUUUAUUUAGCGUGGCAUGAGCUGCAUUCCUCAGCAGGUCCCAGUACAAAUGUGUCAUUGCACAUGCCAUUCGAUUAACACUUUAUGCCAAGCGAAUAAAUAUCAAACAUGGGCAUAAUUAACAGCUAGCAGAGGAGCUAAGCUGGGAGAAGGCCCAAGAAAAUCCCUCUCCUCUCCUGUCUCCAUUCCCCUGGCAAAUGAAUACAUGUACUGCAUUGAGUGCCAACUUGGAAAAUAGCUGAGGCAAGCAGUUCAUUUUAUCUACCUGCACCCCGGUACAAUGAAUGCAUGCACUGAUGAAGAGUUUUUGCCUGAAAUGUCGAUUUUCCUGCUCUUUGGAUGCUGCCUGCCCUGCUGUGUUUUUCUAGCACCACUCUCGUCUUGACUCUAAUCUCCAGCAUCUGCAGUACCCACUUUCGCCACAAUGAAUGCAUGCACUACGCCACACUGCCUUGCCCUGUUUAGUCUGGUCCGUUUGGACUGCAAGUACAAAACCAGGUGAUAAAUCCAUGUGACGCAAUCACAAACCAAUAGCUAUGCAACUCAGAGUGUAACCAAUCUGACAUUUCUCUGCUGUCAUCUCUAUCUGUGCUAUUUUGAGGCGAACAGGAUUGAAGAUAUCCUGAGCCAGUCUGCUAGAGUUUACCAGAGAAGAAACGAUCAAUUUUCAAGCCAAUCUAUAAUGUUAUUGAGUGAUUGAGAAAAUAAUUUGCAUUAAAUGGAUUUGAAACACUAUUAUUGGCUUUACAUGCUUUAAAUUUGCCAAUGAACUUAUUAAAUCCGAUUGACAAAUAAUUAUGAUGUGUAUUAAAUUUAAUGGAUAAUUAUUAUUUAACAGCCCAUUCUUGAAAGAAACAUAUUUCUUCCAACCUCGGAUUCUGAACCAUUCUCCUUGAAAACCUGGUGUUCUGCAGUGUCAGAGGGCCUACAGGAAACACAGAGAUUCCAGAGUCACAGGCAAGCUUGGAUGGAACCAUUUGUGAAAUCCUUGUAUUGGCUGCAGGAAAUAAUUAAGCUUAAUUGGCAAGGAAUAGCAAUAAACAAUGCAUUUUGGUAAUUAAUGAGAUGCGUGGAAACAAUAGGUCUAGAUUUGGGAGUAAAUGUCAUUCACAGUAAAUAAGAGCUACACUAUUUGAAAUGUAUGCUCACGUUUGUAAAGUGAAUAAACGAGUGUUUAACUAAUUGUC